AACAAGUUUUUAAUUUAAUAAUUUACAAUAUUAAAAUUUAACUUUUCAAUUAAUGAAUUCUAUAAAGAACAACAUGUUUUUUGUAUGUGUAACUGUUGGCUUUGUUCUCUUAGCCUCUAAGUACCGUAAAAAUGUCUUUCAAAGUGUCAAACACUUUUGUCAAAGCAUAAAAAACAAGAGUUAUGGGCAAAAUGAUAAGAAAAAAGAACUUAAGAUUACAUUAGACAAAAUUAUUUUGGCAGAUACCCCAGAGAAAUGUGAUUACGCCAUUCAGUGUAUUCGCUGCAACUUAUCUAAUGGUGUGUUGGGUUUUGAUUGCGAAUGGGUUAAUGAAGGACCUGUUACUCUCCUCCAACUUGCCACGUUUAAUGGGGUAUGUGGCCUUUUUCGCAUUGGCAAAAUUGGAUACAUUCCAUAUAAAUUAAAGGAAUUAUUAGCUAGUAAACACAUUCUUAAAGUUGGAGUUGCUUCAUAUGAAGAUGCACAAAAAAUUAUAGCAGAUUAUGGAUGUAAAGUUAGUGGUACACUUGAUUUAAGGACAUUGGCAGAACAUGUAAAUUUACCAAGUCCAAAAAGUUUAGCUGCAAUGAGUUUAGAAUACUUAAACUUGGAAAUGGAUAAAUUAAUAGAAGUAAGGUGUAGCAACUGGGAUGCUGGCACUCUCACUGACGAACAGGUAGCAUAUGCUGCUUGUGAUGCAAUUGCGUCUGUUCUUAUUUAUGACCAGAUCGUGCAAAGGAUAAAAGAAAAGUAUUCUUUAUGGCAAAGCUUUGUGAAUUAUAUAAAAAACAUGUAUAAUAAAAAUAUAAGUAUGCAAUUUCAUUGCUUACCUAAUGGUGUAAUCGAUACAAGGUUCAAAAGUCAACACACGCAUGCAAAUAAUAAUCAUAAAAAUGCCAAAUGCAACAAUCUUCGUAAAGAUAUUCAAUAUUUGAAAACAAAUAACAAUGGUACACGUACAAGUAAUAUACCUAUUAGAAAUAAACCAUUAUAUCACAAUUGCUAUUUACAAGCACCAGAUGGAGACAUAUUGUGUACCUGUGAUCGUAAAAAGGCAGAAUGGUAUAUUACUAAAGGAUUAGGAACUAUAAUUGAAAAAGAACCUUUUACCGUGAGAUUAAACUUUGAACCCUCGGGACGUGCUUUAGGAGAAGUCGGACAGUAUUAUACACAAGUUAAACUUAAUCAGUGCGUAGUAUGUGGUACUUCAGAGAAAUUUAUUAGAAAAAAUGUUGUGCCUCGAGAAUAUCGUAAAUACUUUCCUGUGGUGAUGAAAGCUCAUCAGUCGCACGAUAUAUUAUUAUUAUGUCCGUCGUGUCAUGAAACGAGUAAUUCUCAUGACUUGCAAUUAAGAAAAAAACUGGCAGAUAUGUGUGAUGCACCUUUGGCUGGUCCAAUAACUCAUACUCGUAACAAGUAUGUAAAUAAUUGGAGAAAGUUACAUUCGGCUGUUAAAGCACUAAAAGAAAGUGCAACUUUACCCGAUGUGCGGCGUGAAGAAUUGGAACAAUAUAUUUUGAAAUGUACAAAUCAACAGCAAGUAACACCCGUUCUCCUGGAUGUUUUAAGUAGAGAAUUAAAAAAUGCAAUGACAUCAGUGCCUAGUCAUGAUCUGUCUAAAUGUCAACCUCAUGGUUUAAAGGUAGUUCAAUAUUUUCAAAAAAGAGAAGGAGGAUUAGUAGAAUUGGAGCGUAUAUGGAGAGAACAUUUUCUUUCGACUAUGAAACCAAAAUACUUGCCAAAUUUGUGGUCUGUACGUCACAAUCACGAGAGACUGACUAUUCGUCAAUCGCAAAAUAGAAUUGAACCAGAAGAUGUAAAGGUAGCCGGUUUGGCAUAUUGAAUUUUAAGUAUUAUGUACCUAAAAGGACUCGUAUAAGAGCGAGUACUUCUAUUGAAAGACUGUUAACAAUCGAUAUCUCUUAAUACAUAUAUUUAUAUACAUAUAAUACACAUGUGUGUAUAUAUAUUUCUAUACAUAUAUACAUACAUAUACACAAUGUAAACACAUGCAUAAGACCUCUGUUUUCAAUUGUGGAAUUGUUU